AUUUCAGGUCAAAGUGUAUCGCAGCCACAAUCUGCCCCCCCCAGAAUUGUAAAUUUCUUGACAGGGAAUUUGCUCAAGCCAGAAGACGUCAAGUUUGGCAAAGAAUUUAAUGCUGCUAAGAACUGGGGCUUCAGACUCCCAUGUGAUGCACAGGGUGCCAACAAAUUAGAAUGGAGAUGGCAGCAGAAUGGAACUGAUAUAACUUUUCCUAGUGGCCAAUAUAAGCUUAACGAUGAUGGUUCAUUGACUGGAAGUUUCCUUACAGCUGUAAAUAGUGGGAAUUACCAGUGUUUUGUUAAGGACCGUACAGCCAACAAAGAAACAUUCAGUAGAAAGGUGCAAGUAGCAGUAACAUGUAAGUGA